AUGGCAUCACCAGAUGCGUUGGCUAUUCACGAAGAACCUACAGAGGAAGUCGAGAUCAUUGACCUAACCGGAGACACAGAAUCGGAGUCGGAAGACGACGAAGACGAAGACGAGGACGAGGACGAGGACGAGGAGGAAGACGAUGGGGAGGAGGAAUCUGCUGACGAAUUGAACUCUGACGGAUCGGAGGUGGUGAUUCAUCUAAAUGAAGAGACCCGAACACAGUUGCGUAACGCGAUAUCCACGGUCUCCGAGUCACGAUUGCGUGAAAUGUUGAAAACUUUCGUGGGCACCGAAUUAGCCGUUGAGGCGGCGCUGACAAAAGAACUCAUAACGGUCAGACGAGACACGCACGCCGUUGUGCCGCGCUGGGAAACUUGUGCGACCUGCGGAGUGGAAUAUGACAUCAAUCUACCUCGAGAAAAUGAUGAAUGCACUUUUCAUCCAGGUGUACUGCCGGUCGACGCGAAGACAACUGACGAGGGCCUACAAAGGCCGCCGGACGAAGUCGAAAACCUCAAAUGGACUUGUUGCAGCAAGGAUGGGGGCAGCGUAGGUUGCGUUCGAGGCGAACAUAAACCUUCAGAACCAUCGAAGAAAAGAAAGCGUGAAGAGGCUUAGUUUUUGUCUCUUGAUUUUUC